AUGGGCGUAGUGGUCUACGGCUCAGCGCUCGCGCGCGAAAUUUCACGUCCACCACUCUUCGAAGAGAUCUUGCUGAAGGUUUCUCGUGCCUUCUCCCGCCCUCCGUCCCCGGCGCAGCCUGAGUCUGACAAGGACAGCUCUCCCGAUUCACCGCCACAACCAAACACAUUAGGUGUGGCUGCUGGCUCGGCCGUGACCGACGAACACUCUCCGGCAACUGGACCAAAGGGUAGUGAUGUGGAGGCGACCUCUGCUUGUUCCAAGUUCUCGGACCUCGGAUCUACCAAGAAGAUUCUAGACAUGGACGCGGUUGUGGAUGAUGCUAUCCCUGUGAUGACCCAAGAGGAGGAGUUCUCUGACAACCUGAUGCCUGUGGAGGACUGCGUGGCAGCAUUUCAGUGCAUGGUGGAGGAGGAACAGUCAGGCGUGGGGUUGGCCUCGCCUCUGGCGGCUCAGCGACAAAGCUCGAGGGCGCAUGUCACCACCCCGAUGAUGGAGCGGGCAAUGACACUCAAGAUCUCAAAGGACCUGGGAGCUAUGGAAACCCCUGAGCAAGGCGGAGGAUGCUUCAACCAUCGUGGUAGUGCUAGAGAAAUUCCGCGCGCUUGCCUCCCAGUUAUGGCGGGACAGGAACCAUGA